GGGAGUAAGGCACUGUCAUGGAGGACUGUGCGGCGCCGGGGCAGGUGGAGGAGGGAGGCAAGGAAACUCAAGAAAUGCAGGCGGCGGCAGGUCAGGGAGGAGCCCUGGUGGAGCUCACUCCGACUCCCGGCGGCUUGGCUCUGGUGAGCCCUUAUCACACCCACCGGGUCGGGGACCCCUUAGACCUCGUGGCGCUCGCAGAGCAGGUGCAGAAGGCUGAUGAGUUCAUCCGAGCAAAUGCUACCAACAAGCUGACAGUCAUAGCUGAGCAAAUCCAACAUUUGCAAGAACAAGCUAGGAAGGUUCUGGAAGAUUCUCGCAGAGAUGCUGACUUGCACCAUGUAGCUUGCAAUAUGGUGAAGAAACCUGGCAACAUUUACUAUCUUUAUAAGCGUGAGAGUGGUCAACGGUACUUUUCCAUUAUUUCUCCAGAGGAAUGGGGAACAAAUUGUCCACAUGACUUCCUUGGUGCCUACAAGCUACAGCAUGACCUAUCCUGGACUCCAUAUGAGGACAUUGAGAAGCAAGAUGCUAAAGUCAGCGUAAUGGACAAGCUGCUGAGUCAGCCAGUGGCCCUGCCACCAUGCACUGAGCCCACCCUUCAGGGGCUGACUGACUGAGGGCAGACUGAGGAGCUGCUCAUGGCAUAGGCCUAUCACCUCCUUGUCGCCAUUCUCUGCUAUGACAGGAGGGGUCAUAAGAACUGAGGGCCUGUAGAUAAAAUCAUGAGCUUCUAGGAAGGAAACCCUGGUGAAUGUAAAUGUUGUCGUUAUUAUUGCUCUCAGUUGGAGUGGUAAGGAAUCAUGACAUUCUUUUGGGAUCUUCUUGGAGCCACAGAUACCCAACUGUCAGUUUCAGGGAUUGUCCAGUGUACUUUCCUUCAUCUCCACAUGUUCUUCCCUUAAACCAAAGCAUUAGAGAAAGAGAGUCUUUCCACAGAAAGGUUGGUAGGUCAUUUUCUAAAAGGAACCGCUUUUAGUCUUUUAUUUCAGGUUGGGGUUGAGCUGUCUCAGCUGGUUCAGUGCCAGUUACAAAUUCAUCCAGGAGCAGGGUGCCAGUGGCUCAUACCUGUAAUCCUAGCUACUUGGAAGGCAGAGAUCAGGAGGAUCUUGGUUCAAAGCCA